CUUUCCUCUGUGCGCAGGGUCCACAAGCAGCUGCAGGUGGUAAAGGUCACAAAGGAGAUCCAGGAAACCGAGGCUCGCAGGGGCCACCUGGUUCUACUGGACCUCCAGGUCGAAAAGGAGAACUGGGAGUCCGAGGUCGACAGGGCCAAAGUGGAAGUCCGGGACUUGAGGGAAUAACUGGAGACAAUGGUCGAACAGGGAGCACUGGUCAAUCUGGGAAUUCUGGAAAACAAGGUGUGAGAGGAAUAGAUGGACCCCGUGGAAUAAUGGGGAUAGAUGGCAAGCAUGGAUUUGGUUCCCCUGGACCAAAAGGCAGAAAGGGAGGACAAGGAAGCUCUGGAUAUCUUGGUUCGCAGGGGGCCGAUGGAGAACCUGGUAUUCCUGGGAUAGAAGGUCGCAAAGGAAUCAGAGGCCGCAGGGGUACAGCUGGCUGGGAUGGUGAGGCUGGAGAUCCAGGUUCGAUUGGGCCUCCUGGAGAAAUGGGCCUCAAAGGACAACCUGGCCACAGAUCACAAACGUCAUGUGAGCUUGUAAAUUACAUAAGAGACAACUGCGCCUGUAGUUCACAAAGAAGUGGAGCGUGUCCAGCCUACCCAACGGAGCUGGCCUUUGCUCUGGACUCGUCUGCAGAUGUCACUCCUGUUCUAUUUGAAAGGAUGAAAAAAAUUGUAAUUAGUUUCGUGCAGGAUAUUGACAUCGCUGAAAACAACUGCCCCACGGGUGCCCGCGUGGCUGUCCUGACUUACAAUAGCGAAGCCAAGCCUUUCAUUCGAUUCCCUCGCUUUAAGAAAAAAAAGGCACUCCUGCAAGAAAUAAAAGGUCUAGCUCAUGAUCGAUCAAGAAGCAUCCGCAACAUCGGCAACAGUAUGCAGUUUGUUGCCAGAAAUACAUUUAAACGGGUUCGUAAUGGUGCCCUCGUGAAGAAAAUAGCUGUGUUUCUCACCAAUGGAGGAUCGCAGGACUCUGAUGCUAUGACAAUGGCGCACACACAGUUCACGGCUUCAGGUAUCAUUCCCGUCAUCAUCUCCUUAAAAAGCAUCCCUGAGGUGAAAAAAGUUUUUAAGGAUGCAGUGGUCGUGUUGCCAAGACAACUGCAAAGGUCCCAAGAACUUUUGAGGCAGGUCCUUUCAUGCACUUUGUGUUAUGAUCCGUGUAAUCCAGAUAGCAAGUGUGCAGGAACUGGCCCUCCCCCUGCCUUUCCCGUAAACCUGGAUAUUGCGUUCAUUCUUGAUGAUGUAGAUGAGAUGGAAACUGCACAUUCCGAAAAUGUUCAGCAUUUCCUAAGUUCCAUGCUUAACGAGUUUGUGAUUUCCGAAGAGCCAAAAGCUUCCAGUCUUCAUCCUAGAGUGGCUAUUGUACAACAUGCCGCCAGUUAUGGGAAAGAACCGUUUAACUUGGAGUUUGGGAUUUUGGAUUACAACGCAAAAACACUGAAAAAGCGACACAUCCAAGAGUCAUCAUUUGAUCGACCAGAGGUCACCUCCAGCCUUGACCGCUCUGUUGAAUGGAGCCUGAAACAUUUCUUCUCAAAUGAUACAAAGCAGACGACACACAGGGUUAUUUUUAUAAUACUUUCAGCCGACACAAAUAUUGAUGAGAAGAGAUUGCUGGAAAUAUCACAAGAUAUCAAAUGUAAAGGAUUUGCUGUCUUUGCAUUGGUCCUCGGAGAGCGAUCCAACGUUGCAGCCCUGAAGGAGUGCGUCAGUUCUCCUCAGGAUCAACAUUUAGUCCAACUGCACAGAGCUCGUGAGAUGGAAAUGGAAUAUGCACAAAGGUUUGCAGUAGCCUUCCUGAAAAACCUGGAAGCUGGAAUUAACAACUAUCCGCCUCAAGCCCUGAAGAAGGAAUGCAACGAAAAAUAUUCUCAGCACACGGAAGACAAGGAAACAUUUCUCAAUGAACCAGUGAAUACUGUGGAAGAUGUUGAAGAACAGAAAGAUGAAAUCAAUGCCUAUGCUCCAGCUGCGUGCGGAUUGAGUGAAGAUCCAGGGAAUUGCAGCAACCAUUCCUUAAAAUGGUACUUUGACAAAACACUAAGGAGCUGCAGAAGGUUCUGGUACGGUGGCUGUAAAGGAAAUGAGAACAGAUUUGACACAAGGGCAGAAUGCAUAGCCCUGUGUCUAACGUCUUCCUAAAUACUGCAGUGGUAUGAUUAUGGAUAAACACUCAUUGAUCACAGGCAUGAAAUUCCAGUGUACAUGUCAUUUUCUAUUUACAUAUACAAUACCUUAUUCAUAUUGGCGCUCAGGGUUUUAAGUACGUACCACUCUGUGUUGAAUAAUAAUUAAUAGACAGGAUAUCCCCAUUUACACUCGUAAAGGAGGAAAGCCUACAAUGGAUAUGGACAUCUUACUUCUGUGUUUUAUUUGCAAAAGUAAAAGAGCAGGUGGAUGGCAGAAAGAUUGUCCAGAAAUAAUUGAGCAAAUAGUUUACACAACUUUUUAAAGUCUAAAAAUUUGCAAUCAAAUAAGACCAAAUGAAGGGACCUAAUUCUUCCUCUCCCGACCUUCCAGGAAGACUCCCAAUUCUUCUGGGAGGCUCCACACUCUAGAGCAGGAAGUCAGAAACAGCAGCAAUGUUGUUAAUAUCAGGAGCACCAUGCUGAGCAUGAGCUAGAAUCCUGAAAACGUUAAAUUAUCCGUAUGUUUGUGUUUCCGUGUGUAUGUGUGUCCAUGUGCGGGUGUCUGCUUUCUUCAGACUGAAACGUCACCCAUUCCUUCGCUCCAUAGAUGCUGCCUCACCCGCUGAGUAUCUCCAGCAUUUUUGUCUACCUACCAGGUUGAAUCGCUUUUGAUAAAUGCUUAAUUUAUCUGUUUUAAUGCAAGUGGUGCAAGCAUUUCAGAAAAAAUAUCAUUUAUUUUAUAUAUCAGAUUAUGUUAAAGGUAUGGUGCUAUUUCAUGUAGAAAAUAUCUUGGUGAACUGGUUGUACAUUUACCAGAAUUCAAUUUGAUAGGAAUAUUGAAAAUAUUUGCAAAGGACAUUUUAUAAGUGAAAUCCUUACUUGGGGGUAAUUAAUAGGGUGUUAGGGAUUCUAAUUCAACCUCACAAGAUUUUCUUGUAAUGUAUUGUGGUCAGUUUCACCUUUUCAACUACUCGUGUUUCUCACAAUAAUACAUGUUUGUAACAUCUGCAAAGAUCAAUGAACCAUGUGUAUGCCAAUUAUUCACUUGCCGAUCAAUUCCAGACACUAUUUUAAAAAUGUUUUCUAAUUGCAGCAAUUUUUAAAAUCUGUUAUAACUGAAAAAAUAUAUAUAUAUUUCCUAUAUAUCCCAGGUGAGGUUGUUACAAGGGAAAUAUUAUUGUUCUUUGCUCAGGAUAGGGAAUGUGAUUGUUUGCAUGUUUCCUUGUUUGUCUUUCCAAAGGCCCUGCUAAAUGUGGUACUUCUGUGACAACAGAAAAACCCGAUAGCUUCAAUUGAAUGCCAAUAUAAUGAGGAGAGAACGGCAGUUAAAUAAUAUAACAUGUACUAAUGUUUUGAUUAAAAACUACAUGAUGGAAUUAA